AUGGGUUGCUCUCAGAGUGUCACCGUCGAGGAGAUUGGCAAGGACGCCCACGGCCACACCUUUCCGAAGUUGCCAGGUACCAAGAAGACUCGCCGGCCGUUAAAGAACGACUCUUGCGUGAAGUGGUGUGAUGAUGGCAAAGCUGACGAAGUGGCUGAUUCGAGAUGCAUUUUUCAUGUAGAGGGUGAGACUCUUAUUGAAUGCGAGGAAUCGCCAGGAACCAGAAGCUACGACUCCUGGCAACAUGUGUUGGAUGCUGAAGAUAUGAAGGCGCUUCGGGCGGGUGUGCCGAUGCCCAUCAAUCAAGCCGUGCACCAUCGACUCGUCCGGCGGAUGGAGUCGUCUCUGCUCGAUCUAGCGGAGCAUCCAGCUUUUCUUACACGUGAAGUGGCUAGGCGCCGCGUCUUGCAGACCGGCGAGGGCAGAGAAAAACUUGUUGAAGAACCGAGAGGACAGCUGCCUGAGCAGCGGACGCGGACACAACAGCCUCGCACGGAUAAGACUGUUUCUUGCUAG